AUGACGACCAUGGAUCUGCGCGUCGGUAACAAAUACCGCAUCGGCCGAAAGAUUGGUUCUGGGUCUUUUGGCGACAUCUACUUGGGCACCAACAUCAUCUCUGGUGAAGAGAUUGCCAUCAAGUUGGAGUCUGUCAAGGCCAAGCACCCCCAGCUCGAGUAUGAGGCUCGUGUCUACAAGUCGUUGGCCGGUGGUGUCGGCAUCCCUUUUGUCCGUUGGUUCGGUACCGAGUGCGACUACAAUGCCAUGGUGCUUGAUUUACUCGGCCCCAGCUUGGAGGACCUCUUCAACUUUUGCAACCGAAAAUUCUCCUUGAAAACCGUGCUCCUCCUCGCCGAUCAGCUCAUUUCUCGAAUCGAGUACAUCCACGCCAAGUCCUUCAUCCACCGCGACAUCAAGCCCGACAAUUUCCUCAUGGGCAUUGGAAAGCGCGGGAACCAGGUCAAUGUCAUCGACUUUGGCUUGGCCAAGAAGUACCGCGACCCCAAGACGCACUUCCACAUUCCUUACCGCGAGAACAAGAACCUGACCGGCACGGCUCGUUAUGCUUCCAUCAACACUCACCUGGGUGUCGAGCAGUCUCGCCGCGACGACAUGGAGUCGCUCGGAUACGUCAUGCUCUACUUUUGCCGCGGCUCCCUUCCUUGGCAGGGCUUGAAAGCUGCUACCAAGAAGCAAAAGUAUGACCGCAUCAUGGAGAAGAAGAUGACCACGCCAACCGAGGUUCUCUGCCGCGGCUUCCCCAACGAGUUUGCCAUUUACCUCAACUAUACUCGUUCCCUACGCUUCGACGACAAGCCCGACUACAGCUACCUGCGCAAAAUUUUCCGCGACCUCUUCGUCCGCGAAGGAUUCCAGUACGACUAUGUCUUUGACUGGACCGUCUACAAGUACCAGAAAAACGCGCAGGCCAUUGCAAACGCAAACCCUGACGAGGACGACAAGGCUCGUGCCUCCCGCGCAACCGCUGCCAAUGCGGGCCAGUCUGGCGUCAAGCCAAAUGCUCUUCCCAGCACUCGCCGCAAGAUGCUCGAACGCGGGUCUGGCGCUGGUGUUGACACUCCGGAUACCAGCCGCGCGAUUGGCGGUAGCGACAGGAUUGGACGAUAA